UUUCUGAACUUAUCAGACGUCGGACGCGUUCUGAGCGCUUGAUCUGUUCUCGUGGGACUUUCGUCGAUUUUUCCCAGCAAAAGGAAGAACGAGGAAAAAGCACGUGUGUUUGUGUGAUUCAGCGUAUCGCGGGUUUUUCUUUAAUUGAUAUUUCAUUGCCUAGUUAGAAAGUGGGUGCUGUCAAGACAUCAGUUGCUGAUACGCCGCACAGUGUGACGCCUUAAAAUACCCGCAGUGAAAUGUUAAUAUUAGAAUCAAACUUGUUUCGUGUAUCGCAUCAAUUGCAAUUCAAAUCAAUCAUCACUUCGACAGGACGGCGUUGAAAGUAUUAAUCGAGGAAGAACAAAUUCAAUAUCGAAUUAUUUUCCCUCUAAUUGACACUGAGCCAAAAAGAAGCAAGAGCGCGCGACUUUAGGACACUUCAAUUCCGUCAGUGCAAUAAACUGUGUGUCGUUUUCGCGGUGAGAGUGUCAAAGAAGAACAUGCUUUAACAUUCCAGAGAGAGAGAGAGCUUUUCCUCCAGUUUAAGUGGAUCCGCGUGUUUUCCCACCAUAAUUUCACCUCCUCCUUAUCGACCCUUUCAAUCUUUAGUGCUUCCCGCGUUUUUCUCCGUCACACUUCGCCCCAGAUUGACGACAGGAAGUGGUGAGCAGCGAUGUCUGUGUGGACAACGAGUAGUGCCGGUCUGGACACAGUUCUUGCCACAACAUUGGGCACAUCGAGUCACAGCAUCACGCGCCAUCACAACAAUCUCAACCUCAAGCCGUCCAACUCCUCGCACCACCUCAACUUCCAGAACUACCACCAGACGCAGCAGCAGCAGGCGCAGCCCCAGCAGCCCAGCACCGGCAGCGGCAGCGGCUCCGUGUCCGGCUCCUCGCCCGGCGGCCACUGCAACCCCAGCUUCAGCUACCCCAUCGCGCCGCCCACGUACUGGAAGCAGCCCAACUUCGCCAGCGGCGCCAACAACCACAGCGCCAAGAGACGCUCGAUCGGGAUGUCGCAGUCCGGCGAGGAUCUCCACUCACCCAGCUACCUGUCCUGGCGCAAGCUGCAGCUCAGCCGCGCCAAGCUCAAGGCGUCCAGCAAGACGUCCGCCCUGCUCUCGGGCUUCGCCAUGGUCGCAAUGGUGGAAGUGCAGCUGAACAGUGAUACGCAGGUUCCCGUCGGCAUGCUGAUAGCCUUCGCCAUCUGCACGACGCUCCUGGUGGCCGUGCACAUGCUGGCCCUCAUGAUCAGCACCUGCAUCCUGCCCAACAUUGAGACUGUGUGCAAUCUGCACAGCAUCUCGCUGGUGCACGAGUCGCCGCACGAGCGGCUGCACUGGUACAUCGAGACGGCGUGGGCGUUCUCCACGCUGCUCGGCCUCAUUCUCUUCCUGCUCGAGAUCGCCAUCCUGUGCUGGGUGAAGUUCUACGAUCUGAGCCAGGCGGCCGCGUGGUCGGCCUGCAUCGUGCUCAUUCCCGUCCUCGUGGUCUUCCUGGCCUUCGCCAUCCACUUCUAUCGCUCCCUCAUGACGCACAAGUACGAGGUGACGGUGUCGGGCAUUCGGGAGCUGGAGAUUCUCAAGGAGCAGAUGGAGCACGACCACCUGGAGCACCAUCGCAGCGUGAACAACGGACUCCACUACAACAGCGCCUCGGCGGAGAUCGUCUAGCGGCCACGAGUGGAAAUCUCUCCUUCGAAAUUGUGAUUUGAGCUUGAGAGCGCUAAACCAGCAAGACGAAAAGGCAUAAAGACACUUUUUCCGUGUGAAUGUGAUCUGAGAGAUCUAUAGCGACAUAUUUUUUUAUAUAUAAUAUUCUUCUUUCCAAACAUUACUCUAUUCUCAUUUUAUAUAUAUUUAACAAAGAUCGGUUCCUCGUUUUCCCGCGUUUCAUCAUGUUUUUAUCUCUAUAAUUAAGCGAUUGCCUAGUAUUAAGGUGUACUUAUUGCGCUAAAACGUGAAAAAAGUUCACACUUUGUCUUCCCGACACUCCCGUGAAAAUCCCCUCAGCGGGAUGCAUCGUCAAAUCAUGAGCAAUGAUGUACACGCAAGUGUUUUUUUUUGUAUGGAAAACAUUAUGUAAAUAGAUUUACAAUGGACAAAAUAAAUAAUAAUUUAACAGA